GUUAACGCCUAGUGUAUGUGUGCUAUGCAUGAGACACACAUACUCACACAGCGACAGCAACAGCAGCGCGGGCGCAGCCCGCGCCCCACUCUUCAAUUAACCAGCGACGCAUACGUACAUGUAGUACUUAUCUACUAUGUAGUUUUUUUGUCAUUAAAAAGUAAAAUUUUAGAAAACUCCUGCGUUAUUUCUCCAUCUUAGUCCACCGCCCGUAACUAAAAGACGCUCCUGCUUCUUCAUUUGGUACCUUCGAGCCGGAAUCAGAAGAACCGUCAAUCGACACGUCGAUCACAAGAACAAAGGAUCGCGCAAACUAGACGGACCGUUACGUGGACAUUUCGAGAAAAGGAGUUACAUUUCAAUAUUCUGCAAAACUGCGUACCUUCACUUUAAGGAGCAGAAGAUUCCAUCGUUUCAAGGGAUUGUCAUUAACUGGAAAUAAAGAAAGAAAUCACGGCCACUACAGGAGUAAAAGUGAAAGUGACAAGUGAGAACCUGGGGAGUAGUGUCAAUCUGAUCCAUCUCGCCGCGCGCUAGCGGACCUUGACCUUCGAUGCGCUCGGCGCCCGGCAACUGCUACCGGGCUUAUCUCUGCUUGCUACUUAGCUGUUUACGCACUUCGCUAGCCUAACUGCACUCUCAUUACGCUUCGUUAUAAACAACAUUUAAGUAUCCCAAGUAUUUCUUUAUUAUUUGCUACUAAUUUUCGCUCAACUUUCUUGAUUACAGCGUUACAAUAAACUUUGUAAGUACUUAAAUUAAUUAUCUGUGUAAAUCAUGAACGAAACUGAUAUCAAAACAUUAAUUAAGCAGCGAGCUACAUUUAAAACGAAAGUUACUCAAUUCUUAACAUAUUUAAAUCCUCUUAACAGUUGUCCUAAUUUAAACAGACUGCAGAUCAGUGAACUAAAUAUUCGCUUGACAAAAAUUGAAGAAAUUUAUUCCGAUUAUGAUUCUGUGCAAUCUGACAUAGAAAAUUCAUGUGAAAUUCCAGACGAGCAGUAUGCUGAGCGUGAAACCUUUGAGUCGAGAUACUUCGGUGCAGUCGCGCUCGCUCGAGAGGUAUUGGCGAGGAGCGGGAACUCAGCGGGUCCCGCGCCGGAGUCCAGGUCAGUCUCAGGUUCUUGUGUGCAUCAAGGAAGGCCAAAUAUUAAGCUCCCUACAAUACAUUUACCUACCUUUUCGGGACAGUAUCAAGACUGGCUGGAAUUUCAUGACACUUUUAGCUCACUGAUACAUUUAGAUGAAUCGAUACCUAAAAUAAACAAAUUUCACUACUUACGCGCUGCGUUAAAAGAAAGCGCUGCUUUGAUUGUACGAUCGCUUGACUUCUCGGCUGAAAAUUACGACAUCGCGUGGGAUUUACUUUGCGAAAGAUUCAAUAACUCGAGACUUCUGGUCAAUAAUCACUUGCAAGCUAUAUUUAACUUUGAACAGAUAGGCAAAGAGAAUCCUAAGGCGUUGCGUAACCUUAUUGAUACUGUUAACAGGAACUUACGGGCUCUAAAAACUCUUAAACUGCCCACUGAACACUGGGACAUACUUAUAAUAUAUAUAAUGUCACAAAAACUCGACGCUGUCACUACGCGGGAGUGGGAGGAACACCGUAGCACUUUAACGGCAUUGCCCACACUGGCAAUCUUUUUAGAGUUUGUCAAAGGUCGUGCUGAUUUAUUGGAAACAAUGGAGGAUGCCAAUAACAAACGCCGACAUAGUGAGAGCACACAGAGUCGUCAUAAAUCUCUAAUUGUUACCACUCAAUCCCCACCAUCAGAACGUCCAUUCGUGUGUCCAUUAUGUAAAAACAACCACGCACUGUAUCGUUGUCUCAAAUUUAAAUCCUUUUCAGUUGAUGUAAGAUUGCAAAAGGCUAAGUCAUUAAAAUUAUGCUUAAAUUGCUUACGUCAGGGGCACAGCGCAAACGCAUGCAGGAUUGGGCCGUGCCGCUUGUGUAACAAGCCAUUAAAUAGCUUACUACAUUCUCAUGAUGCAUCGUCGUCAGCUUCACCCUCGCCGCUCAGCAAUAUCGCUCUUUAUACCUCGCCACCGGAGUCGCACGAGGUCGGCUCUCCCGAGACGGACGAAUAUCAUAGCGAGAGAGAAAGUGAUGACAAUGACGAUUCACGGAACCACAUUACCUUAUCAGCAGUUGAAAACAACUGUGCGCUUUUGUGUACUGCAUUAAUCCAUGUCACAGAUCAAAGUGGACAAAAACAUACAGUUCGCGCGUUACUGGAUAACUGUAGCACAUCAUGCUUCAUAAGUACAAAAUUAAGUCAAAAACUAAACUUACCAACUGUCUCCACCAAGUCAUCAGUUAAUGGGUUAGGAGAGCAAACUUCUCGUCUUACCGAAAAAUGCAAAAUCACUAUAUCCUCCCUUUCAGAACCAUAUGAAGCACACCUAGAAUGUUUUGUCGUUUCGCGCGUUACACGACAAGUACCUGUAGUUCGCAUUAAUGAAGCAGUGUUAAACAUUCCUCCUAACAUUACGUUAGCUGACCCUACAUUUAAUACCCCGUCUGAAGUUGAUGUGCUUCUCGGAGCUUCUACUUUCUGGAAUAUUGCAGUGGGAGCAGAGAUUAUUCCUUUGGGUGAAGGCGAGGAUAUGCCGGUAUUGUGCAAGACUAAGUUAGGAUGGUUGGUUGGCGGCGGUUCACUAACAACUCAUCAACUAAAUGCAGUCCAGUGCAAUCACGCGGUCGUUUCACACGACAAUCAACUACAGGAACAAUUAACCCAGUUUUUUGAGCAUGAAUCUGUACCUCAACAUAAGGCAAUGUCAAUGGAAGAGCAACAAUGCGAGAAACAUUUUUUAGAUAACCUUCGUCGAGAUUCUGACGGAAGGUUCAUUGUUACUAUUCCAUUAAAAGAAUCUCCUGAUAGACUAGGGGAUUCAUACGAUCGAGCGUUAAGCAGAUUUCAGGCACUGGAACGUCGAUUUAGUAAAAACCCAUCAUUUAAAAAACAAUACUGCGAUUUCAUGCAAGAAUAUAUUGAUUUAGGGCACAUGGAGGAAAACACAACUCCCGACACAGACAGACAUACAUACAUUCUGCCUCACCAUGGCGUCGUUCGCGAAACUAGUCUCACGACGAAGCUUAGAGUCGUUUUUGACGGAUCAGCUGUCACCACGUCGGGAUUGUCAUUUAACCAGAUUCAGAUGGUUGGUCCUACAGUACAGGAUGACCUUAUAAGUAUUUUAAUAAGAUUACGACAACAUAAAUUCAUAGCAACCGCAGAUGUUGCCAAAAUGUAUAGAAUGGUAAAUGUUAAUUCAGAGCAACAGGAACUGCAGCAAAUCUUAUGGCGUUUCGAACCCCAAGAAAAACUCAAACUUUACAAACUCAAAACCAUUACCUAUGGCACUUCCAGCGCCCCAUAUUUGGCCACAAGGUGUCUGAAGCAAUUAGGUCUAGAGUGCCAUGAUAAAAUAGUGUCUGAUAUCAUACAACAUGAUUUUUAUGUUGAUGACCUCAUUACCGGAGCGUCUACCGCUGACGAAUUAAUAGCCAUUUGUCAAGGGGUUAUAAAACAACUUCAACAAGGUCAAUUCUAUUUGCGCAAAUGGUACUCAAAUCAUCCAAACAUAAUUAACAAUAUAACUAACGAAAAUACUAGCGAUGGUUUAUUUAAUCUUAGCCACAAUGAAUAUUCGAAAACCUUGGGGUUAUUAUGGGCCUGUAAAGAAGACAAACUUUUGUAUUCUGUUGACAUUAAAACCAACAAUCACGUUAGCAAGAGAACCAUAUUGUCCAUAAUUUCUCAAGUUUUUGAUCCGUUGGGCUUAAUAAAUCCAUGUGUGCUCACAGCUAAAAUUAUUCUUCAAAAAUUAUGGGCAUCUAAAAUUAGUUGGGAUGAAGUGGUUCCCUCAGAUAUUCAUGACGCCUGGUGCAAAUUCGUUAACUCGCUGAAGCUUCAAAAACGUCACAAAUGGACCAAAGACGGAGGACAACUCAAAUUAGGAGAAAUGGUGCUUGUCAAGGACGAUCGACUGCCUCCAAACCAAUGGUUACUGGGUCGAGUAACACAACUUUAUCCCGGCACUGAUGGAAUAUCCCGAGUGGCCGAUGUACUCACCAAGUCUGGAACAGUACGGCGCGCCUUCAACCGCCUAUGCCCACUGCCAGUAGAAGACAACAGCUUCGUUCCUGGGGGGGCAAUAUGUUAA